AUGCUUUUCGUCGAUGAUAUAGUUUUGGUCGCAGAAACCAAGGAGGAGGCUAAUGGUAAAUUGGAAGAGUUGAGGGAAGCCUUGGAGGGUAAAGGGUUACGCAUAAGCCGUAUGAAGACUGAAUACUUGCGACGCAAUUUCAGUGGGACAGAAUCAAUAGGGGAGCCGGAGGUGACCAUAGGGGGAGAAUUUGUUUCAUGUAUGUCCAAUUUCAAAUAUUUGGGAUCGGCGAUUCAGAAUAAUGGGGAGAUUGAUGGAGACGUUACUAAUCGUAUACAAGCGGGUUGGCUUAAAUGGCGAGUAGCAACGGUGGUGCUUUGUGAUAAAAAGUUCCCGAGGAGAUUAAAAGGUAAAUUUUACUGUGUUGCAAUUAGGUCGGCCUUGUUAUAUGGGGCAGAAUGUUGGCCCGUAAAAAAGGUUUUCGAACAGAAGAUGAAAGUAACAGAGAUGCGUAUGCUGAGGUGGAUGUGUGGUAAUACUAUGAUGGAUAUGAUAAGAAACCAGGAGUUCAGGGAGAAGUUAGGGGUCGCACCUACCUCCGCAAAGAUGCAGGAGAACAGGUUGAGAUGA